GGCAAGCUUUCAAGAGGGUAUGAGACUAAACCCGUAACUCAGAGGGUCUUUCUUCCGUCGUCUUGCUAGGAGUGAGCACGUGAGACUUGGUCCCCCUACAAGGGUACAUCGGUUACCAGCAUGCCUCCAAAAUUUGAUCCAAACGAAAUCAAAAUCGUGAAGUUAAGAGCAGUGGGAGGUGAAGUUGGUGCCACCUCUUCGUUGGCUCCAAAAGUCGGUCCUCUUGGUCUCUCCCCUAAAAAAGUUGGCGAAGACAUAUGUAAGGCGACUGGUGCAUGGAAAGGUUUGAAGGUAACAGUACAGCUGACAAUUCAGAAUCGACAAGCACAGGUAGAAGUAGUUCCCUCUGCAUCUGCCCUUCUCAUUCGUGCUCUUAAAGAACCGCACAGAGAUAGAAAGAAGGUAAAGCACAUCAAACACAAUGGCAAUGUUGGUUUUGAGGAGGUUAUCAACAUUGCAAGGAUCAUGAGGCCUCGUUCCAUGGCUGCUACUCUGAAAGGAACUGUCAAGGAAAUAUUAGGCACUGCUUUGAGUGUUGGAUGCACCAUAGAGCACCAGAGUCCCAGGGAUGUGCAAGAAGCUGUUGACAGUGGUGAAAUGGAGGUGCCAGAUGAAUGACAAGAAUUGUGAUUUUUUGAAAGAUCAGGUAACGUAAUGCUUUAUGGUAGGGCUCGUUUCUCAUCAGCUUUAUUUGAUAUCAUUACAUAAUUCUCUUACUCUGUCGCCUACAGUCUUUCCCAUUCAACAAAAUGAUUUAUUUGUAUGAUUUGGAAGGGAUCCACCUGACCUGAGAUUAAUUGGCUUUUAAAUAUAACCUGCCGUUUCUAUCGCUCACAAUAGAGUUACGAGUAUUGUAAGUGUUAAUUAAGAUAGGUUGUGAAAAAUUCCUCACAUCAUCUGCAAUGUGGUAUGUAACUUGUCUUUAGUAAACAGACUGAUACUUUUUACUUAUAAAAUAAUUUGUUUAUCCUGUUUUCAAAUAAUCAUUGAUCAGUGUUCAAGCAUUGUCUGAUAAACUAACCGAAAAUGUGGAGAUUGCUCAUUUGGGCAAACGAAAUCAGUAUAAAUUUGCCAUAAAGUUGAAGAGAGUAUUUUUCUCUUCAUUUUACACUAAAAUGAGCCUAAUUUCAUUAACUUCUUCAUAUACAUUCUUGUAUUUGAAUACAGUAGCAGUGAUUGAUGUCAAUUUCCUUUGGAAAAAAACAUAAAAGUGCAUUUUAGUAUUUUCGAAUCAGCUGCAGGAUUCUGUUGUUUCCGGUGUAAAUUCCCACAUAGGUAUGUGACAGAAUCUUGGAAAAUGGUACUGUGAGCAAUUCCCCAAAUUUCGAGUGCAAUUUUCUUAGAAACAUAUUUUUUAGUAUUUUAAAUUAGAGGACUCUUCCAUAAAAUCCCACAUUAUUAACCCCAACCCCCCCCCCCCCACAAAAAUGACACCCCAUUAGUGUAAAAAAUGUUUGCACUACAUUAAAUAUUUGACAUCACUUAUUAAAAAAAGAAAAAAAGAAACAUGAAAUGUGAAAAUUGUUAAAUAUGGUGUACAUGGGUAAGAUCUUUUAUUUAAAAGAUUUAUCUUUAUCGUGCUACAUAAAGAGAAAUUACUGGCAGCUGUCAUGACAUGUUUCGUAGCAAUGAUGUUGCUAUGUAUUGAACUGAUUGAGAUUUUCUCUACUUGGUGCAUGAUUGAGACAUAGUGUGUCUGAUUGAGUAGUAGCAUUUCAUUCCAUCAAAAGUGUUUUAUGGUAUAAUUUCAGUUUUUUGGUGGACUUUAAUCUUUAGUCAAAUAAGAGUAACUUUUAGGCUUUAUUUUGUUCUAUGUUUUACAGAGAUCUAAAAACAGUAGCUAAAAUAGAGCAUGAAAUCCUACAGUGCUACCCACCUACACUAGCCCUCGCAUCACCUUUGACACAUUACUCCACUUACAAAUCGCCCUUGGCCUAGAAGAUAAUGCUGGAAUCUGGCCAGCUUCAUUUGAAGCAACAAUUUGCAUCAGAAACUCUAAGAAAAAAAAAAUGGCACCCCAAUUUUGUUUGCACUCGCCCAGGUCUUCCACUCCUUGCCCAUUACAUCCAGCGAUCACAUAAGAACAAUAGAUUAGGGGUAUGAACCGAUAAGUGACGCCAGCCUGUGAGCACUACCUACACCAAGAUAGCGGCGGCCGGGAAUGACUCGCCCUAGGGGCUAGCGCUUCUGCACUGGCCAGCAAGCUUCAGUCAGAAAUCAUCUAUUAAAAAACAAUCAUUUUUUGGGGCCAGUAGGAAGCUAAUGUCAGCCUCAUUUCACCUUUUUCCACGUUUUGUUAUGAUUCGAAUAGCAUUUUUCAUUUAUCUUACACUGCAUUCUGUAGUAAUGAUUUUUAAUACUUGAUAGUUCAAUUCUUUUUGAAAUAGUUUAAGUUAUUUUAUAAGCCCCUUUUUAUCAAGUGAGCCCAAUUUUCUUUACGGAAUUUGUUUUUAUUAAAAUCAAAUAUUUGUAUCAAAUAACAGUUAAAAACGAAGUUAUCUUUUCCCUUUCUACACUAUUUCCGGAAAAAAAACAAAAACAAAAACACACUGGAAAAAAGAUUAUCCAUAAACGAUGAAAUCAACGUUAAUAGGGAACGUUACUUUACGAACCUCUUUUUAAUCCGUCAACAGUUUGUCCUAAGUCCAGCGAUUAUUGUACAAUUUCAAAGCUGAAAGACUCCGUUAUACGAUAAUUCAAAA